AUGACCAUAUUGAUGUUCAACCUCGAGAGUUUGAUAUUCAUAAUGUAUAGGAAGGAAAAUCUGGGCAUGUACGGCAACGAACUGAACUGCAUGCAGACAUGCUGGACUAUCGGCUACGUUAUUGGAGAAAUUCCCAGCAAUAUACUCCUAAGUCGCAUCAAGCCGCGAUAUUGGAUCCCGGCUAUGGAGAUAGGAGGCUUGUUCUUUAUGCGCGAGAGCUGUCUCGCUGAGUACUCUCUAUCCCGGAAUGCAGUAUAUCAUCGGCUCCUGGUACCGGAAAGACGAGUUGGCAAACGCUCAUGCAUCUUUCACACUAGCAGGGGGAUUGCCAGUAUGUUUUCCGGAUAUCUAAUGGACGCGGUUUUCCACCUCGGAGGAUGA